UUUCAUUUUAAAAUUGGUUGUACGCAAACACUGACGCGUCAGCGCAGUUCAUGUUUGAUGUCGGUUCGGAUCAGAUCAGAAAAUCCAUAAAGAACUAGCGAUUUAAAAUGUAUCUCCGUGCCCUCGCUGUGCUUGGUGUUUUAUCGGUAUGCCGUGGCCAGGGCGACAGCAGCAGAAGCUCGUAUGGCGUCUCGGGAGAUCGGAGUGCAUCAAAUAGCUUUGACCGAGUUGAUUUCAGAAGCACUGGAGACCUUGCAUCACGGGGCACUGUGCCUGAAAACUAUGCAUCGAGAAGCACUGGACCUGACGGUGUGGGACUUACUGGUUCUGGAAGUUCCGCAUCUGGCUCUGCACGUGGCGGCACAGACAGGCGUCCACGUACAUAUGACGGGCCUCCGCCAGAGGAAGGCUAUUUAGGCGGUCGAGGCGGGUAUGAUGGACUACCGGUGCAGGGAGGAUACUGUGGUGAGCCCGAAUGUGCGGACGGUGGCGUCAGAGAGGGCAUGGCCAUGGGUAGGCCGGGAGAAGGCUCUGCUAUGGCAACUGCAGACAGGCAGCGCACCGGAAGGGAGGACAUGCCUACAACUUUCUACGAACAGUUCUCUGGGGGGCCGGCUACCGCCCCUGGCAUGAUGGGCGGUGGAUACAUGGGUAUGGGCGGUGGCAUGGGCACUGGGGGAGGAAUGGGUUUUACAGGCGGAGUGGGAAUGAUGCCCAUGGGUGGAAUGGGAAUGAUGCCUAUUGGAGGAAGUGGAAUGAUGCCUAUGGGAGGUAUGCCUAUGAGACCUAUGGGCGGCGGAUACAUGGGCGGACCAAUGACAGGCAGUGGGUUCAUGGGCGGACCGAUCGGCGGCGGGCCAAUGUUCGGCAUGCCAUAUAGGCCUCCGAUGUUCGGUAGGAUGCCUAUGGGACCGCGAUAUGGUGGAAUGAUGCGAUAGUUAUUUCUUCCAUAAUAUUAAUGGCAGUAAAUGCCUUUAAACAUGGUUUCUGGACUCAUAUAUUUUGUUUAUCAUUUUUCACCACCGAAGAAAAAAAGCAAGAACGUUAAAUAUAUAUAUAUUAAAAACAGUUCGAAUUGAUUAUUUGUUUUUAACCGAAAUAAAUUUAAAGAAAUUGA